GAAGACGGCGCUGCCUCCCCGGCCUCGGUCGCCCCUUCCUCCCCGCUCCCUUCAUGGCGUUCCGGCGCGUCUUGGCGGUGACGGCGGCCGCUUGCGGGCUGGCGGGCGGCUCCGUCCUCCUCUCCUCCGUCGCCAUCGGGAAGCAGCAGCAGGUGGCGGUGAGCAAGGCCGGCGGGGACGCCCCGGAUCCCGCCUCGCCGCCGCCUCCCGCGUCUCCGCCGGGGCUGCUGCUCCUGCCCUCGCCGGCCGCCUCUUGCCCCGCCGCGCCGGGCUGGCUCGAGAGGAACAACGGCGCCUGCGGCUACUGGGACAGCAACUGGGACAGGAGAGAACCAGUGGCUCUUAUUAAUCUAAAGAAGAAAAAUGAAGAGACUGGAGAACAGGAACUCUCUUCUCGCCUAGACCACUACAGAGCAAAAGCCACUAGGCACAUAUUCCUCAUACGCCACUCUCAGUACAAUUUGGAUGGGCGCUCAGAUAAAGACAGAACUCUGACUCAGUUGGGUCGUGAGCAAGCCGAAUUAACCGGGAAAAGGCUAGCAAGCUUGGGACUGAAAUUUGAUAAAAUUGUACACUCCUCUAUGACCAGAGCAUCUGAAACAACCAACAUUAUCAGCAAGCAUCUUCCUGGGGUGAAGAAAGUGAGCACUGACCUGUUGUGUGAAGGAGCUCCUAUUGAGCCAAACCCUCCUAUCUCUCACUGGAAGCCAGAAGCUGUGCAGUAUUAUGAAGACGGGGCUCGCAUCGAAGCUGCGUUUCGAAACUACAUUCAUAGAGCUGACAUAAAGCAGGAAGAGGAUAGCUAUGAAAUCUUUGUCUGUCACGCCAAUGUCAUUCGCUAUAUAGUAUGCAGAGCAUUACAGUUUCCUCCCGAAGGCUGGCUUCGAAUGUCCCUCAACAAUGGCAGCAUCACUCACUUGGUGAUUCGUCCUAGUGGCAGAGUGGCACUUCGAAUGCUCGGGGACACAGGGUUUAUGCCACCAGAAAAAAUCACACGCACCUGAGUGACCGAGACAGUGGUCUUUAUGGACCCACCUGGAGCCGCGUGCAGUGGUACAAAGCUGUGGCUCAGUAGACUAUUGAGUUUCAAAACUCUGCUUAACAAAGCACCUGCCCUCUGCCUCAUGUAGAUGUAAGCAUGAAGGCCUUCCAGCAUGGAAAAGGGCACACACAAAGACAUGGCACAUGGUGCCAAGCACUGCUGCACUCCAUGCUCUACAGGCUUGCUGGAAUCUCCUGUUUCAUUGAAGUGAUUGGGGCCACUGCACCAGUACUUAAUGGACUGAAGAGAUGGAAGGAUAGAAAUCUAUCUACCUAGCAGCUGACACAAGAGUAAGCUUUACCUUGCUGCAAUAGGAAAACUCCUCUGGCUUCUUUCUCCCUCUGCUGUGAGAGUAAGUACAGCAUGCUUAGAAACCCAAUUCUUUAUUCCAUCAGUAAAUUUAAAAAGUAUCAAGGCGUCUAGGUAUAUACUAAGGCUGGACCUAUGGGAGGGGGAGUGGUGUUAUUUCCAAGUGUAACUUGAACUUUUAAUAGCGUUAGGACUUGUUUACUUUCUUUAAUUCUCCCUGUAGCUGUCAGCUGAAUCUGGUAAGAAUAUUAUAAAAGAAAGGAACAAAGAAUUUUAGGCAGCAGUUUCCUCCCUGCUGUACUUUUAUGUAAACUAAAUGUCAUCUGGGAAGUUGGGUUAACUCUGAUGUGAUAUUCUGAGUAAACGUGGUCAAUGACAGGAGGAUGCUUUUUUCUUUCGUCCCCAAUUACUGAAAUGUUCUUUAAACAAGUGAGCCCUUUUGCCUUACGUGGCCCCACCCCCUCACAGCCAGGCUAUGCCCAUUAACUGGUGCCAUUAACUACUACUGUGGCUGGUUACUUGGAUCAUUUUGUCACCAUACACCUUAGGUUAGAGAGCACAUCUGAGGCCACUCGGUGCUAUUGUGUCAAACUAGAAAUAAUUAAGUGAACCCCCUCCCCCCUUAAGAGCACAACCCAUCAUACUUCUGAAUCAGAUCCGAGGCAAGCGAAGCAGUUCUUGGGGAAACUCCAUGCCUAACAACUUGUGUGCACUUAGAAGUGUGGCCCAGAACCAGGCUGAGGGUAAGGAAUUAAGAUUCUUCUGUGCUUAUGGAAAAUGGUGGUGGUCUGUCUUUAAUCAAUGCAAAAAAAAUUUAAGUUAUUCCUAACUUUGUAAAAUGCCUGGAAAAAAUUAAAAGUUUGUUUUAAAAGUU